ACAGAAGACAUAGGACAGGACAGUCACCCCUCAGCUUGCUGCUCUAGAGCCAUGCCACCAAGGAAAAAGAGGAGACCCUCAGCUGGAGAUGACAUGUCAGCCAAGAAAAGUCGCCAGGACAGAAAACACGAAACGUCACAUAUUCGUGAAGAAGAAACCUUUUCCAGUAAAAGAUGCUUGGAGUGGUUCUAUGAAUAUGCAGGCUGUGAUGACGUGGUGGGUCCGGAGGGCAUGGAGAAGUUCUGUGAAGACAUUGGAGUGGAACCAGAGAAUGUGGUGAUGCUGGUUCUGGCCUGGAAGUUGGACGCCGAGAGUAUGGGGUAUUUCACUCUUCAGGAGUGGCUGAGAGGAAUGGGCUCACUGCAGUGUGAUUCCACAGAGAGACUGAGGAACUCGCUGGACUACCUGAGGUCUGUCUUAAAUGACAGCACCAGUUUUAAGCUUAUUUAUAGAUAUGCCUUUGAUUUUGCUCGGGAGAAAGAUCAGAGGAGUUUGGACUUGAACACAGCCAAAUGUAUGCUUGGGCUUCUUCUCGGAAAGACAUGGCCUCUGUUUCCUGUAUUUAAUCAGUUUCUAGAGCAAUCCAAGUACAAAGUCAUCAACAAAGACCAGUGGUGCAAUGUUUUAGAGUUCAGCAGGACAAUCAACCUGGACCUCAGUAACUAUGAUGAAGAUGGUGCCUGGCCAGUUUUGUUGGAUGAAUUUGUGGAAUGGUACAAGGAAAGACAGAUGUCUUAGCUUCAGACUAAUGUUGCUAAAGGGGGGUAGGGGGGGGAUAUAACUGUGACAACGCUUUGAGAUUCGACAACCAAACUUGACACAUAAAUGGUAAAGAGCAGUGACAGCGGGUGCUACCUGGUAAAGGAGGGGUUUAAGUGGUGGGUGGGUUGGGGAUAAGAUGCUGGGUCACAGCUUCGUUGCAUGCUGCCCGUGGUGUGUUAUGUUCCCUACCGACAUUACAAAGUGGGCAAGCUUGCAACAAACCAGUGGCAUUGCUGUCUCUCACUGUGACAUGUCUUAAAGCUGUCUGUGUUAAGACAACAUGGAUGACGUGAGCCAGCUGGUAUUAUGUGGGAGACCCACUCCUCACCCCAUGUCUUCAGCACAGAGAAACCAACAGGAGUGAGCACUGUCUCUGAGUCUUAAUCGGGAUGGCUUUGAUCUGGGCACGCUUAACGACGGUAUAUCUGUGUAAUGGACUUAAAACUUGAGCUUUUCUGAACAGACGGCUCUGGCUGUUUGCAACAUUUUCAGUCAGAGUAGAACUCUCAAAGAAGCACACUCACUGUGUCAAAUGGAUGAUGGCGGGUUUCUGAUGCCUGCAGUGUUUACUGUUGAUUUGUGCCAGAGUUUUUGCUCCUCCUACUGUCUUUUUCUUUUUCUCCCCCAGAGCAAACACUUGAGUUUGCUAACCCCAUGCAAAGACUUCAGCCCACAUAACAUCAAACCAAUCAGCAUUGCUGCUUACCUGCUCUUACCCUAACAACGGUGAGCUACUAGUGUUCUGAUCAGCAUUUCUUGGUAUGAUCAAUUUAUGUAUCUCCGUUGUGUAGGUAAGAGUAUUUUUGUGCCUCUAAAUAUAGAAUUUACUUUGUGUGUCCCACACACCAACAAACCUAAAUGUACAUACAUGUGUGCUAACACAAAUGCACAGAGUGGUCAGGGAUUAUUUCAGGAUGAAUUCAGACUGUUUAGGCUGUUGUCAGUUGGCAUAGAGCUAGUUGGUGUCCAUUUUUGUUUUGAUAUGUGGCAUCCGUUUUGUCUUCCUUAGUCCACUGAUAGUUUCAGGUCUCCUCUUACUAGUAGCAUCUUUCCCAACACUGACAGUGUUAAAAUAACUACAGUGGAAGACCAGUGACCCUCUCAGGAGGAGGUCCUUUAGGCUUAGGAUGGUAAGUUUGAUGAAUGCAUUGCUUUGUACCACUCGUAAAAAUCAGUUCAAAACAAUGGACACUGGUUAGUUCUGAAGUGUGUAAUGAUGCUAUGCUGUUCUUUUUGCCUAGUAUAACGUUCUUGUACCACAUGUAUAAAUCUUUGUGCUUGGUUGUGGUAUGAUGCUGAUUUGUCAGAAGAUUUAAUAUUUGCAUGCAUGCUCUAACGGAGCAUUUUGUGAAUGGAUGAGAUUUUUGAAAAUGUUUUAUUUCCCCCCCAGAUGUAUUUGUUCUGUUUUGUACAGAAAUUUGUGCACGUGUUUUGUGUUGAACUUGAUAUUCAUGAUCAUGAUAGCUCUGAAAGUUAUGAUUGUGUCUAUUAAGACCUGGAACACACCUGUAACCUCACGGUGGAACAGGAGUUCCCUCCUGCAUUUACCCCACCUUACCAUCCUCACCCAUGCUGCAAGAACUUAAGCACAUCUAGAAUACAGGAUCAGAUUUUAUUUAUUGGAUGUAUAGAGGGUUUAUUUUCUUAGUUUUUUGAACCAUGCUAUCAACGUACAUGGUAAAUUACAUGAAAUUAGUCAGCUGUGUGAAAUUCAUAAAGUUACAAAUUUAAAGUUUUAUGUUACAAUACAUCAACAUGUAAAAAUCAGUGAUCAAGGUAGCUGUUGUUUACUGACCAAAUAUACAUAAUAUUUGAUUUCAAAGUCUUUAUUGACAAUGCAGGAGAAGGAACGGCCUUGUCCCUACUGUAUAUAUGUAUGUAAAGUCUGUGUCUGUCUGUUUUCACUAUAACCUAUGUCUAUAUACAAAAUAAAAGGUUUAUUAACUUA